CAGUGCUGGUAGCAACGUGCCGCAUUCCCACUUAUUAUAAAUACUAGCGCUUAAUUCAUUUUAUCGACCUGAAAUGCCUCUCCGUCCCGCAUUCGACUUUCUGUAGUUGUCGUUCACCAUGCCGCUCGACAGAAUCAUUACCGAUCCAAUCAUAUCCACAGAGAACACAACGUUCUCCUCAUCGCCCUCACCAACUCCAGUCGACCACUACCCAACGUCGGUACUCGAGGGUGCCGCAGUCCCAACGGAACGCGACCCAUUGAUUCGGACUGCGCCCAAAGUCAAGAAACCAUUCUACCGUGCCCGCCCAUUAUGGUUAGUACCAUUUGCACUAAUUGCAUCUCUUACUCGCGGCAUGACGCUGGCGUCCCGUGUGGAAGUCUUUACACAAUUGUCAUGCCACAAUCUAUACGAGCACUAUAAUCAUACCCGCGUGGUACACACUCCGUUCAACUCAAGCCAAUACGUGGACGAUCCAGUAGAACCUCAUUCAAUCUCCGUGCAUUUGACGUCAUCACCUAUCCUUACUUCAGGCAAAACCCAGGAGAAUGGCGAUGUUGAUAAAGAUGAAGAUCCCCGCGUGAUACCAAGUAAAAAGUGUGUUUCGGAUCCCGCCGUCCAGGCAGGUGCUGCACGCCUGCAGACCAUAAUGACCACAACGAUGGGUGCCCUCUCUGCUCUUACAACAGGCUGGUGGGGCCAGUUCGGGGAAAGGCACGGCCGCACACGCAUCCUCGCUAUCUCCACUUCGGACUCUUCCUUACGUACGGACCUCACAUUUAUUCUUGUAUCAACACCUCACAGCCCCCUAGCCGUUCACUCGCAUAAGCUGCUCAUCAUUGCACCUAUCAUCGAGGCUCUCUUGGAGGAUGCCGACCACCCACUACAAAGCGUUACAUCUGUUUUCUGGGUGGCGAUUACCUGUUCUUUCGUGAACUUGAUCUUAGUACUCUUUGUGUUCCCUGAAUCGCUUCCCGCCUCUCGCCGAGCAUCAAAUAGGAAAGGUAAGAGUCGAGCUGUUGAGAGUGGUCCAGAAUUCACUAGCAGUAAGGACGACGAACCCUCCAAUGGAUGGAUCGCAACUCGCAUCAUCCGAAGCUUUCUAUCACCCCUCGCCGUCUUCCUCCCGUCCCAUGUUCCUGUAGCUACCAGUGCCACUGGAGACUCACUCCUCAAGUACCUAUAUGCUGAGCAUAUCUACGACUGGGCAGCUGAACAACUGAGCUACUAUAUCUCCUUCAUGGGAGCCUGUCGUGCUUGGUACUUACUCGUCUUCCUGCCAUUCCUUCUUUUAAAGUUCAAGCCCGUCCGCGCUGCGGUUUCAUCUACAAACGCACCCGCGAAUCCUGCGGCACCUACGUCAAAGCCCAAGCCUACAAAGUCUCAUCUAUUCAAUGAAAUGCGGUUCGAUCUGCGUGUCGUGCGGUACUCCAUGCUUAUGGACUUCCUUUCGCAUGCGCUUGUUGUCAUUGCGCCUCUGCCCUCCCGCGAUGCAAGUAGUGUUUGGUGGUCGCAGUUCAUGUUCGUUGGUGCAACGUCACUCUCGUGCGUUGGUGCGGGGGUGAUGCCAGGCAUGCAGAGCCUCGCAUUGUGCACUCUCCAGGGUCGUGCGCUUGCUACUAAGGAAGGUGCUGUCCGUACAGGCGAAGCUCAGGAGCAUGAUAAUGAUGUUGAGUUGGAGCCUGGAAAGCUCUUUGGGGCUCUCGCUGUCCUGCAAGCCGUCGGUCAGACUAUUCUCGGGCCCAUGAUCUUUGGUGUCAUCUACAGCAGCACCGUAGCCUCCUUCCCAAAGGCCAUUUUUGCAACGGCCAGUGGCCUGGUACUUCUAUCAAUCGCGUUCACUCUCCUCGUCAGGCCAGAUGUCAGUCUCUCCGUGAUGAAACGCAAGAAGGUCCAAGCCAAAGGUAAAACUGUCGUUCGUUCUCAUGGUGUGAAGCCGAAACGCAGAUAUCAGGAGCAGGCCCGCGGUCGAUCGCGGGUGAGCAAGGAUCUUAGGGGCGGCGCUGCGCGAGCAGACUAUGAUGUUUCGAUGUUUGAUGGCAGUGCUAGUGAGGCCAGCGGUUCUGGUUCUGGUUCGGGCUCGUCUGUCUGAGUGCUUCUUGGUGUGUGCUCGCGGCGUGGUGAUAUAUUGUGGAAGGAUUAGUUAAUAAAUACCAUAGCAUUCAAGUCGCUUGCUGCGGCGGUGGGAUAUAUAGCGGGAUAUCUAGGUUAAUCGUAUGUAGUAAUUUAUUAAAAGUGAUAUUGACAGUCUUCGGUGUGGUAGUACUUGCCAUGUCCGGGUGACAACUCGGAAGCUCGGACGGAACGAUUUUUUGAGAUGGC